CAUCCAUGGAGAUCCUGUGCAGCCUUCCUCAGCGUUACCACUUCCAAAACCACAUUCCAACAUGACAUAAAAAGACAGACCGGCUUUUCUAAGCAGCAGCUCGAAGCCUUUUGGUCCGUUUCUUUCUUUCCUUUCUUUUUCUUUUUCUCAGCAUCCCAUUAGCGGUGCCAAUCUUAACUUUCUGCCCGCUUCCUCUCUCACUUCUUUACCCGUCUCCGGGAGAGAAGUCAGUUCCCCGGGAAUUAAAGGAGGUCGUUGGGUUUUCUUCUUUUCCUUUUCGCUUCUUUUUUGGUACUUCUUGGAUGCGCAUGGAUGUGGCAGCAGCGGAAGCGGGGACGUCUCUGCCGGGUAUCCGACUCCGGAAUCGGGCGAAGCAAGUGAUGCCGAAUCAGAAGAAGGUGAAAGCGCGGCGGAAACGGCGAAAGGAGCUGGUUUUAAUCCAGAUCUGCUUGUUCGGCGGUUUGCUCCUGGUCGUUAAAGGGUUUUCCUCCUUAGCGGAAAAUUCAGGUUUUGAUGUCUCCAGCCACAGCGGCGAGGACCAGGAGAGGUGGAUCGGAAGGAGGCUGCUGCAGGACACGGACAACAACAGCAGCGAGGAGACAGAUUUACAAAAAGGAACAAGGAACUGCACUCCUCCAGCUCUGCACGAGUUCCCUACGGACCUGUUCACGAACAAAGAGAGGACAGAAGGAGCCGUGGCCUUGCACGUCCUGUGUCGUCUCAAUCUCAGCGAGGACGUCGCAGGUGCGACCUUUAUGGCCGCUGGCAGCUCGGCUCCGGAGCUCUUCACAUCCAUCAUAGGCAGUGAAGCUGUCUCACUGGGCUCUACUCCGAGAUUCGAUUUAUUACACGUUUUCUGUCACUGCCCUCAUUGCGCUGGGUGGGAAUCUCUCGUCCUGAUCCUGAUGUAUGCGGUCUACAUCCUCAUCAUGAAGUUCAACGGCCGGGCCCAUCGCUACUUCGACCGUCGAAAGAAGGGCUCGGUGAAUCUGGCCAAUGGGCUCACAGGAAGCACUGAUCUGGAGGAUGUCACGUGUGACGCCACUGCAGUCCUGCUUAAAAAAGCGAACUUCCACUGCACGCCGUCUGUGCUGAUGGUGGACGAGUUGCUGUCUGCCUACCCCCACCAGCUGUCUUUCUCUGAGGCCGGCAUGAGGAUCAUGAUCACCAGUCAUUUCUCCCCGAGAACCCGGCUCACCAUGGCCUCUCGCAUGCUGAUCAAUGAGAGACAAAGACUGAUCAACACCACGGAGACUCGAGUCAAUCGCAUCACGAAUGGUGACUCUGAGUCUGCAGCCAGGGCUCAAGGGAGGCGGGGCCUAGAGAAUGGGAUGGGCGGAGUCGAGCAGGGUGUGAACGGGAGGUGCAGACUUCAGCGGCUGGAGAAUGAGACGGAGAAUGAAAAUGAGGACAACGAGAACAAUGAGAAUGACGAGGAAGGAGAGGAAGAGGAUGACAAAGAGGGCCCCCUGGUGCCCUUUAAAGUUCCAGCGGGUGUGUGUAACAAGCUCAAGUGGCUGGUCAUGUGGCCGCUGUCCCUGCUUCUGUUCUUCACGGUGCCCAACUGUGGCAAACGCCGCUGGGAGAGGUGGUUCAUGGUCUCCUUCUUCACAGCCACCAUCUGGAUCGCCGGCCUCUCGUACAUCAUGGUGUGGAUGGUGACCGUGAUUGGCUUUACUCUCGGCAUCCCCGACGUCAUCAUGGGCAUCACCUUCCUCGCAGCGGGCACCAGCGUCCCAGACUGCAUGGCUAGCGUCAUAGUGGCGCGGCAAGGUCUGGGAGACAUGGCCAUCUCCAACUCCAUAGGCAGUAAUGUGUUUGACAUCCUGGUGGGUCUGGGUCUGCCCUGGGCGCUGCAAACGCUCUGCAUCAAGACGGGCUCCACCAUCGAACUUAACAGCAGAGGACUCAUAUACUCCGUGGCUCUCCUACUAGCCUCAGUAUUCUUCACAGUCCUCGGCGUCCAUUUGAACAAGUGGACUCUGGACUGGCGACUGGGCUUGGCCUGCCUCAUCUUGUACGCCAUCUUUCUGUCCUUCUCCGUCCUCAUCGAGUUCAACGUUUUCACUUUCGUCAACCUCCCCAUGUGCCGAGACAUCCACUGACCCUCCCGCCUUCUCCUCCUCUUCUUCUUCUUCUACUAAUUCUUCCUCUGGCUGAUGGGGGAACCUCACCUGGCUUCCAGUUUCAUGGCGCCUCCAAACAAAGUCCUACCUAUUACUUAAUAGAAAAAUAGAGUUCUGUAUGAUUUAUAUUUGGUGCAAUACACACGAGCGGCGGAGAGAAGGACGUCGGAUGUUUUGGGGUUAUUUUCUGGAGGAAGAGAAAGUGCCAGCGGCGGGAUUGCUGCCGAUCAUGUAUAAUGAACCAAAACGUUGGCUGGAGUGAACUUAACUGUAUUAACGCCGACAAUUAGGCUACUGUUGGUGAACAAGCUGCUACUGUAACUGACUGACUGAGGCGAGAAAAGAGAGAAGUCAGCGAUUUUUAGCUGGAUUGUUUGUUACUCUUUCUACAAGUUUGGAUAUAAAGCACACGAUUAAGUAAUUUUUAAGCAAAAACUGGCUUCCUGUGUAUAUAUUAGAAGUACUUCUAUCAGCUUUUGUGUGGAAUCCUCUUAUGCACAACUGGAUCGGUCUCGCAAAGCCGAAAUAUUCUGUGUUUUCCUUUAGGCUCAAAAUGCUUCAACACGUCUCCUACCAGCCCACGCAGCAUGCCGUAACAGCCACAGCUCUAGCUUUGCACUGUCACAGAGAUAUUUAUCACAUAAAGUCUGCUCUUGGCUGUUUUGUUUUUGUUCGUCGUACCCGAGUAGAUGUGGGCUUUAAAUUUUCCCACACGAUGAAAGGGAUCUACCUGGAACUGACAUCCAGCACCGUCACUUUAUGGAUUAGAGAUUUAUUUCUUUUAAUAUUCUAUUGCAAAGCGUCUGCAGGUAAACAUGUAACUACUGAAGUUAAACUUCCCUGUAGGCAGUAGACGUCUCGUUUAUUGAAAAGUUAGCUUUUAGUCGAGUGUAACGUUAUUUCUUAAAGCCAAAAGUAUUUUUAGAUUAGCCGAACUUGUAGAUUUGGACUUAAGAGUCGAAUGCACAGUGUGUUUGUGUUUGUGUGUGUGUGUGUGUGUGAGUGAGCGCGUGCCACAAUCUGGAGCGGAUGCAAAGCAUGCCGAGGAUGUGACUGGGAAGACGUAAUCGUGAUUUAUUUAUGAAUUAAUUUAUUCGAAGAUCACGUCUGACCUCCAGUUUCAGCCUUUUGGAUCGUGUACAGUGAUUUCAGUGGAAGCUGUGUACAAUGUACUGUACCUAAUAUAUAAUCUAAGUACUGGAAACUGACUUGAUGUUGUUUAUAUUUAAGAAUAGAACUUUAUAAUUUAUAAGUUUUGUAUAGUUUGGAAACGUUGCAUUUAUAUUAGUUUAAACACAGUGGAUUUGGAGACAAAGGAUGGAAAUGUCGGCCUUUACAAACCUCUCACAUGUCCUGAUGUGUCGCCCUCACGUGUUAAAUUAGGGAUGAGAUGCAGAUGUAAAGGAUUUCUUUUCAGGAAAAAGGAAACAUCAGACUUUGAACUUUCACAACAGUGCUUCAAUUACUGUGCCGUCUCUUGUAUUUGAGGCUCGCGGCACCACUGUUAGAACAUUACGGUCACUCUGUUGCAGCAUGUGUUCAAAGAAAACGUGGACUUUUUAUUUCAGUUCUUGAAUCUGAUCCAUUCAAAGCGUCCCGCAGUCACAGGAUGGCGCUGUAGAGCUGCGCCAUGCCUUCAGCGAGGCUGCGCUUUGGGUGUGUGGGGGGAUAUUUUCAGGUAGGCUACAUAGUGACAUAUACUGUUCGGUUUUGCAUGCCUCUUUCAUAGUUCUGAUUAUUUUGUGUGUAAUUCUAAUGCAACAUCUAAAAGGCACUGUCUUGGUUAUGCUGUACAUAUCAGGAGGAAUACGCUAUCAUAAACGCAGGUGUUGGAAUAACUUCUGAUGAGCAGUUAUAUUUGAGAUAUAUACAGUAUUUAGGAUGUAGGCCUACAGCACUUAGUUUCAGCUAAUUCUCGUCAUUUUAUGCUCAUGUCUGUUAACUUGUUUGUAAAUCCUCGUUUUUGUUGAUGAGGAGCUCUGGGCAGGGACAGACGGACACCUUCACCUUGUUCCCAGUGAUCUUCUUGCAAUAAAUUGAUUUACAUACA